GACAGCGAGAGGGAGAUCCAGACCAAAAAAGGUGUUGAGUCAGAGUUGGAGAAACUGCAGGCUUAACAGACGCACGGCUAUGGGAAGAGAAGAAAAAGGAGAGACCCCGACAGACAUCCAGGCAUCUGACAGACAUACAAGCGAGGGAGAGUGUAAGUGACAGUAAACUGAGGGAGGGAUAGAGAAUAUGAUAAAAAAGAGGAUGUCUGUAUGAAAACCGUUGCUCAUGUUCUGUGAUCAAGCAGAACAGCUAGAAAGGAAAGGCAAUUGAGGAGGGGUUUGCAGUAGAAUUAGGUCGUGAUCUGGAGAAAGCCGUUACUAUAGACAUAAUUUUAAAGAGUCAAACCGGAGAAACUGCAAACUGAAGAUUUAAAGUCAUGGACACCAGGGCUUCACUACAGCACUAAAACAAACAACCAAGCCCUCACCCCCUGGGAAAAAUGUCAGCGGGGCCUGACCUAGGUGCAUCUGAUCUGGCAGAGGGCCACCGGACCACAGGACCUGUUGGACUCCAAACACUGUUGGAUCUACUGGUUGGCGUCUAUCAGGAAUUCUACUCUUCACCCUUUGCAAGGGAGAAGUAUGUCUCUGGUUUUCUCCAGUGGGCUGAGCCUCUAGUAAAGGAGGUUAAGAAAACCCGCAUCAAAAGAGAAGACUUUCACAUCUUGAAGGUGAUUGGCCGGGGCACAUUCAGCGAGGUCGCAGUGGCAAAGAUGCGAAACACACAACAAGUGUAUGCUCUGAAGAUUAUGAAUAAGUGGGACAUGCUGAGGCGAGGAGAGACAGCAUGUUACCAAGAAGAGAGGGAAGUUUUGUUAAGGGGUGACAGACGCUGGAUCACAGAGUUGCACUAUGCCUUUCAAGAUGAUAACUACCUGUACCUGGUGAUGGAUUAUUAUGUAGGUGGAGACCUGCUGACUCUCCUCAGUAAAUUUGAGGAUCGGAUCCCUGAGGACAUGGCUCAGUUCUACUUGGCAGAGAUGGUUAUGGCCAUUGACUCAGUCCAUAGACUGGGUUAUGUGCACAGAGACAUCAAACCUGACAACAUCCUGUUGACAGCUGAUGGGCAUAUUAGACUGGGAGACUUUGGUUCCUGUCUGAGGCUACUUGAUGAUGGGAUGGUGCACUCGUCUUUAGCAGUCGGGACCCCAGACUAUUUGUCUCCAGAGAUCUUAAGAGCAGUUGAGGGAGGUGGAGGUUAUGGUCCUGAGUGUGACUGGUGGGCUCUGGGCAUUUGUGCUUAUGAGAUGUUGCUGGGGACCACACCUUUCUAUGCAGAGUCCAUCUCUGAAACAUAUGCCAAGAUCAUUCACUUUCAGGAGUAUUUUGAGUUUCCUUCUUCUGGCCCUGAGAUUUCAAAGGAGGCUCGUUCCUUCAUCAAUGAACUGAUCUGUGACAGGGAAGUUCGUCUUGGAAGGAAAGGCUCCAGUGAAUUUAGGAAUCAUCAGUUUUUCAGUGGACUGGACUGGAGUUCCCUGCAUAAAGUCCCUGCACCUUUCCUGCCUGAAGUCUCUAAUCCAACUGACACAUCAAACUUUGACAUCCUCGACGACUGUCUUAGUGAAAUGGAGACACUAUAUGAUGUAAUGGACAGAGCUCCAACAGGAGUACACUUGGCUUUUGUUGGAUACUCUUACACUGCUACCAGUCAGACAGGUGCUGUUGACCGCAGUCAAGAUAUCAUGAUGCAGAUAAACCACACCCAGCUUAGGGAAUGUGAGAAUCUGUAUGGACUCGAAAAACUGAGUCAGCUAUGGAAAGUUACAGACAAUCUACCAGACAAUCUGCCUCCACUGUUUGAGCUUCCACUUACUUUAGACCAAGAUGCUGCUGCAUCCACCCACACCACCACAGUGGAGGAGGCGAUAUCAGGACUUGAUGAAGACUUGCAGAGAUCAUUUCAUGAAGCAGAGAUGCGAUAUUGUGAGCUGGAGAAAGAAAUGGAUAGAUUAAUGGAAGAAAUGCAGGAAUGGAGAAUCCCCAAGAAGACAGGCAAGUGA